CUCCUGGAGUAGUCACCUCCACGAACCCACCAAAUCUCCAUCGCUGCUGCUACACUGCUCCGGCCAUGGCCAUCGUCGCCGUCACGGCCGGAGGACGGCGCCCUCCCUGCCGCCGCGUGCCGCCCGCCGCUUCCCCGCCCGCGAGGCUCUCCUGCCGCUGUGCCACCCACACCGUUCCCAGGAGGAAUGUACUAUCCACAAUGCUAUCCACUUCAACAGUCUUCCUCUUCGGACCGAAACAGAUCACACUGGCCGAGACAACUGGUGGUACAUUCAGGGAGUACAUCGACACAUUCGAUGGCUACUCCUUCCUCUACCCAAAGAGCUGGAUCCAGGUCCGGGGAGCUGGUGCUGACAUAUUCUUCAGAGACCCGUUCUUCCUCGACGAGAACAUGUCGGUCGAGAUAUCGUCUCCUUCGUCGUCGAAGUACAUGACGGUUGAAGAUCUUGGGCCCCCAGAGAAGGCUGCAGAGAGAGUGCUGCAGCAGUACCUGACAGAGUUCAUGUCGACCAGGCUAGGCGUUCGACGAACGUCGAACAUCCUGUCAGCGUCGUCGAAGGUCGCUGACGACGGCAAGCUCUACUAUGAAGUUGAGGUGAAUAUCAAGUCAUUUGCCAGCAACAACGAGCUGGCGGUGAUGCCGCAGGACAGGGUGCAGCGGCUGGAGUGGGACCGGCGCUACCUGUCGGUGCUCGGCGUCGAGAACAAGCGGCUGUACGAGCUCCGGCUGCAGUCGCCGGAGAAGGUGUUCAAGGAGGAAGAAGGUGACCUGAGGAGAGUCAUGGACUCCUUCAGGGUUAACAAGACUGCCUAGCAGCAGUAAGAAGCAGUGCUUUGUCAUAGUUGAGAGCAGAAUUUUUUGUAUAGCUAGCAGAUUGUCUGUUCUCUGCAUUAUUCUUUCACCCUCCUUUUGUUAUCUUGUACAAGAUUAUUGCCAUAUAGUACCUUAUGUGUAAGAUUAUAUAUAGUACCUCUGUAAGAUGCUCUGGUGAGGAGCAAAAAAAAGAUCCAAAACUUGCAAAAAUGCACGUCAAAGACUGGUAAAUACCAGUAA